UUCCCCGUAAAAUAAAAGAUAAAGCUCUGCUCUCUAUGUAAAUUAAUAAAAACAUUAAAUGUUUACUUAUUAGCCUCGUUUUAGUUAUUUAUCUUUGUCAAUCAAAACAAACGUUUUUUGUGUCAACUGUUUUAUAACAAUAAAACGAUUUUAUUAACUAAUUUUAAUUCAGAUUGACAGCACACGCCGUUCAGUCUUCCAGCCAAAAAAAAAAAAACGCCAUGGCUUAUUUAACCAGCGAACAAAAAGCUGAACUAAAAAGAAUUGCUGAAUCAAUUGUAGCACCCGGCAAAGGGAUAUUGGCUGCUGAUGAGAGUACUGAUACAAUUGGUAAAAGAUUAACUAGCAUUAAAGUUGAAAACACAGAAGCAAAUCGAAGAGCAUAUCGAAAUCUUUUAUUUACUGCAGAUGAAAGCAUUGCUAAUUAUCUAGGUGGUGUGAUUCUCUACCACGAAACUUUAUAUCAAAAAAACGACGAUGGUACCCUUGUAGUUGAUCCUUUAAAAAAACUAGGCAUAAAUAUUGGAAUCAAAGUUGACAAAGGGCUAGUUCCUCUCCCUGGAACUCAAAAUGAAACUACUACUCAAGGUAUUGAUGGUUUAGCAGAGCGGGUUCAGCAAUAUAAAAAAGAGGGAUGCUCUUUUGCUAAGUUUCGUUGUGUUAUUAAAAUUGAUAAACAGUUAGGUUUACCCACUGAUAUUGCAAUACAGGAGAAUGCUCAGGUUCUAGCACGCUAUGCUGUUAUAUGUCAAUCAAAUGGACUUGUACCAAUUGUAGAACCAGAAAUUUUGAUUGAUGGGAGUCAUAAUCUUGAAGUUGCAUCCCGUGUUACUGAACGUGUAUUGGCUUGUGUGUAUAAAACUUUGGUAGAUCAUCACUGUUAUUUAGAGGGAAGUUUACUAAAGCCCAACAUGGUGACUCCAGGUGUAUUAUGUGAGAACAAAGUUUCAGCUGAAGAGGUUGGAUUAGCCACUGUGACAACACUCAGGCGAACUGUUCCAGCUGCUGUACCUGGAAUCACAUUUUUGUCUGGCGGUCAAUCAGAAUGUGAAGCUACUCUUCAUCUAAAUGCUAUUAAUGCUGUUCAAUUGCUGAAACCCUGGGCAUUAACAUUCUCAUUUGGUCGUGCUUUACAAGCUAGUGUUUUGAAGGUAUGGGGUGGAAAGUCUGAAAAUUUGGCGGCUGCACAAAAAGUGCUAUUAGAAAGAGCUCGUUUAAACUCUGCGGCCGCUCUUGGAAAAUACGACGGAGAAGAUAGCAAAGAGACUGCUGGCGAAAGUCUUUUUGUGAAAAAUCAUGUCUAUUAAGUUUAAAUAAAAUUUUAUUUUCAAAACUUGUGUGUCAAAAAAAAAUCAGUUUUCGUAUUUAAAAUAUAAAAUUUAUAAGUGUAUUUAAGUGUAAUCUAAAAAUGUUAAAAUAAUUUUUACAAUUGUUGUUUACAAUUGUUGUUAAGUUGAUUUUUAUUGUUGUUUAAAAUGUGGAAAUGUAGUUC